AUCUAGAAAACAAAAACUGGUGUAAAUACUCCACAUUCUACAAGAACCAAACUAGUAUAUACUCCGAUAUUCAUAAUAUCUACGUAACUCCCCCCUAUAUAUACACACACUUCUUCCCUACCUCCUGACAUAACAAACCAUCGCAGAGAGAAUAGAGAGAGAGUUUUCCAGAGAGAGAGAUUGGGAGAGAGAUAGAUUGAGAGAGAGAGAGAGAAGAGAAGGGUAGUUAACGAUCUAUGCAACCGACGCAAAGAAUUGCGAUUGGUUUGGAUAGAUUAAUAAAAACAAUCUGGUUGAGAAUCUCUUUAGAUUAUGAGAGACUUUGAGAAAUUACCUUGUUCUUCUAAUGUUAGCCGCCUUAUUGCCGGCCUUCUCCUCUUUCUUCUUUAUCAUUCUUUUCAAUUGAUCUCUAAUUUCUUGAUUCCUAUACACCCUUUGAUCUCGAAUUAAUCUGAAUUCAUUUUUGAGCACUGCCCAUCUUUCAAAUUUCCAUCUUUUUCUCUUCUAAUCUAAUUUCUAGACCUAGCUUUUUGGGUUUCUUUUCUAAUGGAGCUUAAGGAUUCAAUUUCAGACACUGAUUUACUUGAUGGUAGUUUUUCUUCUCAUUUUGAAAGACAUCGUAGCUCACUUCCUUCAGUCAUAGUCAUUGGAGGAGGUAUUUCUGGAAUUGCUGCUGCACGGGUCCUCCACAAUGCAUCUUACAAGGUGACGUUAUUGGAAUCACGAGAUAGAAUUGGUGGACGCAUUCAUACUGACUACUCAUUUGGCUGCCCAGUUGAUAUGGGAGCAUCUUGGCUGCAUGGUGUAUGCAACGAGAAUCCUCUAGCACCCCUCAUACGUCGAUUGGGGCUUACAUUAUACAGGACAAGUGGCGAUAACUCUGUUCUCUAUGAUCAUGAUUUGGAAAGUUAUACACUUUUUACAAUGGAUGGUCGUAAGAUUCCUCAACAAAUUGUGAUCGAAGUUGGAGAAGCCUUUAAGAAAAUCCUUAAGCAGACUGAAACUGUACGAGAUGAGCAUGCUAAUGACAUGUCUGUUUCUCAAGCAAUGUCAAUUGUGCUUGACAGGCAUCCUGAACUUAGACAAGAAGGUAUUGCCCAUGAAGUUCUGCAGUGGUACAUAUGUAGGAUGGAAGCUUGGUUUGCUGCAGAUGCGGAUAUGAUAUCUCUAAGAAACUGGGACGAGGAACAUGUCCUAUCCGGUGGUCACGGACUUAUGGUGCAAGGCUAUCAUCCUGUUAUUAAGGCUCUCUCGAAAGAUAUUGAUAUACGUUUAAAUCACCGGGUUUCAAAAAUAUCAAAUGGACCUGGUGAGAUGGUAGUUACAGUGGAAGAUGGGAGGAGUUUUGUUGCAGAUGCUGUCAUAUUAACUGUACCCAUCGGGGUUCUCAAAGCUAACUUAAUCAAGUUUGAACCGAGAUUGCCAGAUUGGAAGGUUAAUGCAAUAUCAGAUCUCGGUGUGGGGAAUGAAAAUAAGAUUGCAUUACAGUUUGAUACGGUCUUUUGGCCAAAUGUUGAACUACUAGGUGUGGCUGCUCCUACUUCGUAUGCUUGUGGAUAUUUUCUUAAUCUCCACAAAGCAACAGGGAAUCCUGUCCUUGUCUAUAUGGCUGCUGGAAGAUUUGCUUAUGACCUUGAGAAGUUAUCUGAUGAGGAAGCAGCCAAUUUUGUUAUGUUGCAGCUUAAGAAAAUGUUCCCUGAUGCUACUGAACCUGUUCAGUACCUUGUUUCUCACUGGGGAACUGACCCCAAUUCUCUUGGAUGCUACUCCUACGAUCUUGUUGCAAAGCCAACUGAUGUAUAUGAGAGGCUUCGAGCACCUUUAGGUAAUCUUUUCUUUGCGGGUGAAGCUGUCAGCAUGGAGAAUCAGGGAUCUGUACAUGGAGCCUACUCAUCUGGAGUUAUGGCUGCAGAAAAUUGCAAAAGGCUUCUAAAUGAAAAAAUUGGCCGCUGGGAAAAAUUGCAGUUUGUUUCAUUUAGAGAAGAGUUUAUCGAGGCAACAAUUCCUCUUCAGAUCUCAAGAAUGUGAUCUACUAGUUUAACGGGCAUAGAAAAUGUUCCGCAAUUUUUCAUCUUCAUAUUUAUGGGAAAACUCCCUCAAAUUUUUUGGUAUUUUGACUUUCUGAAAUGUUUGUACUAAAUAGACUGCAUUUCUCAUCUAAUGGAUGUUUUAGCAGUUUCUUUUUUUCUUCUCCAA